CUCGAAUUCGAGCUUUCGCGCCGUGAAGUUGUGGCCUGCGCAUCGCAGUUGUUGGAGGCGACAGAAUAAUUGGCUUAGCAGCGAUUCGAAAUUCGUGGUGCAAAGUGAAUUCCGGUAAAGGACUCGCCAAGUGCCGCUCAAGUGCCGUUACAACCAAGAAAAAUAUUGGGACACCCAAAAGAAACUCCAACUCAAGUUGAGGAAAAGCUGGAGUUAGAGUCAGAGUUGAACUGAACUGCCAAUGAAAAGACUGAACAAACCGAGGACCAAAGCAGGGGAAGAUGCGCUAGAAGGAAGAGUAGCUGCUGCCUUGCGAUAAGGAAAUAGCAACAUAAGCAUCCACAUCCACAUCAAUAUAAACAUAAACCAAACCAUCAACAGACGAAGCCGCAAUGUUUUUGCCUGUGAAAUCGAAUCACUCGGGAGAGGCGAGUGGCAACAACGAGGAUGUCACCACCACCAGCAACAAUUCCACACAAACGCCCAGCGAUCUGAGCCCACCGGGACCCAACGAGGAGGUCUUGCCCCAGGCGCAUCAUCAGAAUCCAGGACAUUGCAUUGCCUCCUUUGCGGCCAUCAACCAGAUGAGAACUAAUGCCCAGCUCUGCGACGUUCGUCUGGAGGUGGGCGGCGACACCAUCAAUGCCCAUCGAGUGGUGCUGGCCUCUGUCUCGCCCUAUUUCUAUGCGAUGUUCAACGAUGACAUGCUCGAACGCACUCAGGGCCUGGUCCGGCUCCAUGACGUGGACAGCACCGCUCUGCGCCAGCUGAUCGACUACACCUACACCGGAGAGAUCACAAUCACCGAGCAGAACGUGCAGGUGCUGCUGCCCGCCUCGGGACUGCUGCAGAUGCAUUCGGUACGCGACGCGUGCUGCAAGUUUCUGCUGCGACAGCUGCAUCCCUCAAAUUGUCUGGGGAUCCGCAGCUUUGCGGAUGCCCACUCGUGCAAGGAGCUGCACACCCGAUCCCACAAGUAUGCGCUGCAGAACUUCCAGCAGGUGGUAGGUACAGAGGAAUUCCUGCUGCUGCCCUUCGAGGAGGUCAGGGAGCUGAUAUCGAACAGCCAGCUGAACAUCAGCUCCGAAGAGAAGGUCUUCAUGGCGGUGGUCAACUGGGUCAAGCACGAUCUGGCCACGCGGCGGCUGCACACGUCAGAGCUGAUGUCCCACGUGCGCCUGCCCCUCGUCAGCCGCGACUUCCUCAUGAGCUGUGUGGAGGCGGAGACCCUGAUGCGCGACGACUCCGAGUGCAAGGAGCUGCUGCUGGAGGCCAUGAAGUACCAUCUUUUGCCGGAGCAGCGCAGCGUGAUGGGCAGUCAGCGUACCCAGGAGCGGCGGCCAGAGGGCAUGAAGCCGUAUGUGUUCGCCGUCGGCGGGGGCAGCCUCUUCGCCAUCCACAACGAGUGCGAGGUGUACAAUCCGAGGAGCAACACCUGGAGUCCGGUGGCCCCCAUGCUGUGGCGUCGCUCCCGAUCCGGGGUCACGUCGCUGCACAAGCAGCUCUACGUGGUCGGCGGUUACGACGGGGUCAGCGAUCUGGCCACGGCCGAGAGCUACAAUCCGCUGACCAACAAGUGGAGCAACAUCACCCCGAUGGGCACUAAGAGAAGCUGCCUGGGCAUCUGCUCCUACGACGCCCUCAUCUACGUGUGCGGCGGCUACGACGGUGCCUCCUGCCUCAGCAGCAUGGAACGCUAUGAUCCGCUCACCGGCAUCUGGAGCUCCUGUCCGGCCAUGAGCACGCGCCGUCGCUACUGCCGCCUGGCAGUGCUGGAGAACUGCAUCUACAGCCUGGGCGGGUUCGACUCCACCAACUAUCAGUCGAGUGUCGAACGCUUUGAUCCGCGCGUGGGCCGCUGGCAGCCUGUUCCCAGCAUGACCGCACGUCGCAGCAGCUGUGGAGUGGCCUCCACCGAUGGCCACCUGUACUGCAUUGGCGGAAACGAUGGGACCAUGUGCAUGUCCAGCGGCGAGCGGUACAAUCUAAGGCGUAACACUUGGGAGCCUAUUGCAGCCAUGCAUUCGCGCAGAUCAACUCACGAAGUGGUCGAGGUGGAGGGCGCCUUGUUCGCCCUGGGCGGCAAUGAUGGCAGCUCCUCGCUGAAUUCCGUGGAACGCUAUGACCCGCGUCUCAACAAGUGGAGCGUGGUCAAUGCCAUGGUGGCCCGACGCAGUUCCGUGGGCGCUGCUGUGCUAGAGUGCUUUCAUCUGGAGCGAGGACUGGUGCAGACGACGAACUUAUGACCCUUGGCCAGCAUCAGCGAGUCCUUUGCCGCUGCGUCAGCGAGCGCCGCUAGCAACACCAACGGAACGGCAGCAGUAGCAGCAUCAGUAACCGGAGGCACUCUGACCGUUCCCAGUCGCGCGGAGGCGGCUGCCUUCACGGCCAACAUUGCAUUGAGCAGCUCGGCGCCCUCAGCUAGUUCCACAUUGCGCCGCCACCGUCGCGAUACGCCCGGCCUGGCCGAGACCAGGAGAACCAACAGCAAUGCCAGCAGCAGCAGUGGAAGUGGCAGCGGCAGUGAGAGUGGCAGCAGUGCCACCAGCGGGACAGGAGCAGGAGUAGGAGUAAAGCCACCGGCGACAGCCUGAUCCUGGUCUAUGUCGCGUCGUUUCUAAGCCAACUACAAAACACUUACAUACAAAGCUAACCCCACGCCUAAUGCAGGAAUUUGAUUGAUUGUUCAGUUCGUUAUAAAUUAUAGAUAUAUAUAUAGGAAUAGACACUCGCAUAAGUGCGACUAUUCAUCAUGACGGAGAUGCGUGCAGCCACCACCGAGGACCGGCCCCUGGCGGUUGUUCGAUUGCUCAACAUGGACGGACUACAGUAUGAAUGCAAAACGGGAUUCCCCUUACACAUGCCACACAUAGGAAAACAGAGCUACAACCACAUAUUUCUAGUCAAGAUCUCUCACAUUAGACACGCCCACACACCCUACCACACAUCCACAUCACAUGGGAAUGCCGCAGGGGCCUGGAUUUCUGCUAGCAAGGACAUCAAACAACAAACAUGGAGAAGCAACCUAAUCUGCCUACAAUUUACAUACAUAAAUCUCUAUACACAUAAAUUAUAUACCAUAUACACUCUUAUGUACUAUUCUUAUGUAUUUUAUACACGCAAUUAUAAUGAUAAGUAAAUGUUUCGUAUUUGAAGACGGUCA